AUGAUGGACAAUGCUUCAGUGGUGACCGUCUUCACUCUUUCAGGGUUAAACUACAGCUUGGAGCACAGGGUCACUCUCUUCUCUCUUACUGUACUGUGGUACUCGAUGAUUCUGCUAGCUAAUACUGCUCUCAUUGUCGUUAUUAUUGGGGAUAAAAACCUUCACGAGCCCAUGUAUAUUUACGUGUGCAACCUCUGCGUCAAUGGCCUUUACGGAACCGCUGGCUUUUACCCCAAAUUCCUCCUGGAUCUGCUGUCCCCCCAUGUGAUCUCUUACGCUGGCUGCCUGCUGCAGGGUUAUGUGAUACACUCCUCCAACUGUGGCGACCUCUCCAUGCUGGCGCUGAUGGCCUAUGACAGAUACGUGGCUAUAUGUCGCCCCCUUGUGUACAACUCGAUAAUGACAAAACAGAGGGUGCGCGUCCUCGUUUUUCUCUCCUGGGCCGUUCCCCUGUGCUGCAUGCUCAUGAACACCGUGUCGAUAGUGGGACUGCAGAUAUGCUCCUCACACAUCAACAAACUGUACUGUGUGAACUGGAUGGUGACAAGACUUACCUGCUCAGCGGCCGCGGCCAACAACAUCAUCGCGUAUUUUAACAUAUUGCUGUACUUUGGCCACGGCGUCUUUAUAUUCUUGUCUUACAUGCACCUGAUCCGAAAUUCCUUGAUUUCCAAGGAGAGCAGGGGGAAGUUUGUGCAGACGUGCGUGCCGCACCUGAUCUCCCUGGUCGUGUACUGUUUCACCGUGCUUUUGGACUUGCUCCACAUGAGGUUCGGGUCACGCGACCUGUCGGUCGGCCUGGCGAACUUCAUCUCCAUGGAGUUCCUCCUGAUCCCGCCGAUCGUCAACCCGCUCAUCUACGGAUUCGUACUGACCAAGGUCCGGAACCACAUUCUCAGAUUCGCUCGUUUCACAAGCACAAGUCGACAGCGUAGCGACGGUGUGCCGAGGUAG